AUGAGGCCCCAAUCCAAGGACCCAUUCGAAGCUGCGUUCGAGGAGCAAGACGACUCGCCGCCCGAUUCUCCCGCCGGCGUCGACGCCAUACGCGCCGCCCUCGACGAGGACUACGACGAGGGCCUCCCCCCUGAAGACCCCCCGCCGCCAGCCUCUUCCACACUGUCCCCCUCCGCCGCCGCAGCUUCCGCCGCGUUCACCACCGUAGCGGCUGUAACUCCGGCGACCAAAACCGUAGCCAAGAAAAGCUCCGCAAAGCCGCCUCUGCCUCGCGCCGCGAAGCAGAGCCAGCAGAACAAAGAUGAGGAUGAUGAUGAAGACGAAGACAACGUCGAUGUUGAGCUCGGGAAGUACCCGGCGACCGGUGACCCUGUGAAAAUGGCCAGGAUGCAGGCUAUUUUGUCGCGAUUCUCGGAGGAGCAGAUGAGUAGAUAUGAGUCGUUUCGAAGAGCUGGGUUUCAGAAGUCCAACAUGAAGAGGUUGCUAGCAAGCAUCAGUGGAACCCCAAAAAUAUCAGUGCCAAUGACUAUUGUAGUGUCGGGGAUAGCAAAGAUAUUUGUUGGAGAACUUGUUGAAACAGCCAGAAUGGUUAUGGCAGAGAGGAGAGAAUCUGGACCAAUCAGACCAUGCCACAUUAGAGAAUCCUACCGGAGAUUAAAGCUGGAAGGCAAAGUCCCCAAGAGAUCAGUCUCAAGGCUCUUCCGGUAGAUAGACCGGAUUCAAAUUCUGUACUAAUUGACAGGUCAGCUUAUCUGUAUCUUGGAUAUGGGAUGUAGACCCACGGAGGGAGGCACUUCUUAAGGUGCACUUAGUUGGAUGGUCUUUGGGAGAAAUGAAGAGCUCAAAUCACUGCAAGUUGCAUAGUUCUGUUCAUUUCGUACAUUAUGUGUACAAUAUUAUUCUGGAACUGGUAUCCUAUAAAUCUUGUGAGGGAAUUCUGAAUAUGAAAUGCCGUUGGCAAUUGAAGCUUUC